GGAAAACUCUAAUUUGGAGCUCGGCCCUGACCAAUAACGUCAAGUCGUCUUACUAUAGCAACUCCUCUAAUUAAACUGCAUUGUGUGGAGCUCAUUAACAAUUCCUGUAACUCUGGAAACAUAUAGAAGGAGACGACUCUACAGUGUUUGCCUACUUUUUAAUGUAUGCUUCUCGCUCGCUGAUCGUGAAACAGUGCAAUUCUCCGAGCUUGCUCACCGUGAGAUUUCGGGGCUUGAGAACUGGUCUAGCGCGAUUUAAGUCACGUUUUGAGCGCCUACAACCUACAUUACUCCUAAGAGCUCGUUAUGUUAUCAGUAUGUUUCUGCUUCCGAUCGGAUCGUCGAAUAUUCAAAAGACAUAAUGGCUGCCAAAUAUAACUCGCCCUGCUCUAGCGUGUUCCACCAACUAAGGAAAUAAUAAGAGCUCCUCCUCAAUCUUAUAAUGGGAAGCGGUAUUUCAAAAAAACAAAGCGAAACACCGGUGGAAAAGAAGAAGAAAGGAAAGAAGACUUUCCAGUUGAAAUGCCUGACGGAGCACACUGACGGAAUAAAUGCUAUGUGUUUGAGCCCCGAUGGAAACACUCUCAUCACAGUUUCUGAAGACAAAACCGGUCGACUGUGGGACACAAAGACUGAUGAGUGUGUAGGACUGCUUCAGGGACAUGUGAUGUACAUCAAAGACGUUUGUGUCUCGGAAAGGUACAUCUUCACUUGCUCCGCCGACAAGACUGUUCGUAAGUGGAACUUGGAAAGCGGAGUGUUAAUAAAGGUAUUCACGGGGCAUCAGUCGACAGUGAACCAAGUCAUCUGCUCGGGAGAUUUAGUGUUUUCGUGCUCUUACGACAAGACAAUUAAGUGCUGGCAUGCCGAUACGGGUGAGUGCCUUCGAACUUUUCGCGGGCACAGACUAUCUGUGAAUACGCUUCUUCUUGUUUCGGAGUCAUACAGAAGAGCGGAGUUUGCGGCUGUUGAUAUGGAAAACAACGAUGAUAUUCUCGUUUCGGGCUCUGUGGAUGGUACAGCAAAGAGCUGGGGAAUGAACGAAAACGAAUGUAGGACGACUUUUAAAGGACAUCAAGCCGCGGUAACUUGCUUAGCGGUAGAUGGAAAAGGAAAGACUUUAUUUACAGGUUCUGCUGACACAACGAUUCGCUCGUGGGAUCUUGCAACUGGGGCUCCUUUUAAAACUUUCACAGGCCAUCAAGGUGCGAUGAUUCAAAUCCAGGUACGUAUUUUAAGAUUACAAACUGUAACAUUCUUAAUUUCAUAAAAACUCGGUUAUUUCCCAAUGAAACGCUUGUCCUAAAUGAAAUGAGAAUCAAAAAUGAAUAGAAGAAAACUUCUCCGAAAUUAUUUAGCAUCGAAUCGGCGAGAAUCGAAUUGUCACCAUUCUGAAAGGUUCUUUGAAACUUAGACAGCCGUUUUAAGCCCAUAACACGCGAAUUGAUCCCUUAAAUAACACGGGAUGAUAUUACGUUUGCCUUCGAAGGAUAAACGUUUUGUUAUUUUGUAUUCUUAUGCACCAUUGGAGCGGUGUGCUAAUCUGUACUAUUUAUAGCGUUUAAUUUUCCUCAAUAAUUGUUUUUCUUGCCGUGUCGAUUUUCUUUCAUGCUUUAUCUCCUGUCUAGUUCAAAAUCGUAACUUUUCGUUUGAUCUCCCCAGUAGAACAUUUGUAGCUUAUCACUUUGACUUGUUACAUUGAAUUCUCCGUCAAAUUUUGGGUAAUGCCGUUUCUUUUCGUCUCGACCCUAUUCGCCUACUCUCUACAGCUGUCGUUAUGCUGCCUUGUUCGAAAUAUAAUUACAUCAUGAGCUUUUUUUUCUUUCUGUUAGAAAAUUUGGCCUUUAGCACAUACGGCAGGUCUCAACUAGUCCCGAAUCACUUGUUUGCCGAAAUUGUUGUUAUUGUUGUUCCAAAUUUUAAAAUAGCUUUUAGCCAUAGGUUUCAAAUUCUGUUUACUUGACUUCUAAUAGUGGCGACACUAAUAACUUUGUUCUAGUUUUGGUUUUGCGGUAUCUUUUCAUUUUGUUUUAAAGAUAUAAUAUGAGGCAUUUCUUUAUACAUUACCUAAUUAAUUUUGGCUAAAACAGAGUGGUUGCCGCGGAGACAAGAAUAAAACCAGUCACUCAUAAUGGUAUGACGACAGUAGGUACCUGUCUCACUGCAAACUGCGGUUGUUCAAUGUUAUACAUCGGCAUACAAUUUACACCUCAAGAUAUCUUUUGCAUAGAAAGAAAUAAAAAGGGAACGGAAGAUGAAAAAAGAAAAAGAAAAAUGUUUCUAUUUUUGAUACUGCUCCAUUGUGUUUACAAGAUUCCUUAAUUAUCGAUCUUGCCUUGAAACCUCAGCUGUUUACAUGUGUGGGUUUCAAAACUGCAUGUUCGUUUUGAAAUUUCUAAAUCGAACCGGAAAUUUAAAGCUGAAGCCAUCUUUUAGCAAGUAAAUUGAUAGAAUCGCGUAUGCAUCUCUUCUUUACAACAUGAGUUGAUUCUCCAAAAGUUAUAGGAAAUUCUAUUUGACGUCUUUGUAUCCAUACACUUCACCAAACAACAAACUAAACCUAAACUAAAAAAGCAAUUAUUUUUGUCAGUCUCUUCUAUAGACUCUUUUUUUAAACGGGUACUUUGAGCUCUCAGUUAUUGGUUAUUUAGGCCAAAUUGACUGCUAGGAACAAAAUAAUAUUGUAAUUUUUAAUCAAAGAACUCAAAACGAUGUAAAUCCACAGAUUAAUAACGAUAGCUGAUUGGAGUUUCCUUGUUAAUAAAUUGUCCCUGCAAAAGACAGUUGUCUCCAAAGACUUUCACACUUCGUAAUUUACUUAUGACUAACUAAAGCUGCUCUUGUUUGAUGUAUUUCACAUUUCUGUUAUGUAAAUGAGAAGAGAGUCUUAGCUGAGUUAAAUAUUCAACAAUUUAAGGUUUUCAGUUGAAAAGCAAAAACGUAAUUUCCUCCUAUUUAAACAAUGCAGUAAGGGUUUUCAAUUCCAUGCUUCGAGGAUUUGAAGCAUGUUAAUUUAUGGUAUCAUUAUCAGAAAAUAUGUAUUCUUAAUCUAGUUGAUAAAUUCCUUAUUCAAGAAAAUUGAUACCACCUAUCAGUUUGACAUUGUAUUUGGAAAACAUCAGUAGAAAAUAGAUGUUUAUCACCACAGGAAAUUAGGGAACCAUAAACAUUACAGACCACAGAACUUUAAGCUGAUUCAAAUUGAAGUUUGCAAACAAUUCUUUACAACCUAACAAACUGAAAUUUGGAAUUUUACUCAGAAUAAUAGUAGAACCCCUACCAGAAAUAAGUGGCCACCGUAGACAGGUUUAACAAGAGUGAAAGUUUUAGUUGCACUGAGAUUGAGAAAAAGCAUUCAUUGCAUAAGUUAGUCAUUGUGUUAAAACCACGAGUUAAUGUACAACUCUAUCUCUCACACCAGAAAGAAGAAAGUAGGCAUUGCAGAGAGGUUAAAAUAACAAUUUGUUCCUACAUUUGUAUUUAUUUCUUUCUAAACUUCACCAAGAGGCCUGGAUCACUCAUAGAGCAAGUUCCGCUAUGAGGUCCAUACAUACAUAUGAUCAUCACAGUGGUAAUUACAAUUUAAGCAAUUGCAAAUUAACAUGAAAAAAAAUUUCGGGACUUCAACAGGAUUGGAACCCAUAGCUUCUGCAUUAGCGCUGCAGUGCUCUACCAACUGAGCUAUGAAGACCCAUACAUUGGGAGCAGACCAAUUUGUUGAGUUCAUCUUAACCCAUGAACAUCCACGUUGUUGAGCACCCACUUUGCGCUAGUACAAUUAUGAAAAGGGGUAAAAAUUUUUGAUGAGCAGAAUUGAUUACAGUUCUUCUGUAAUUCGAAUUCCCCUAAAACCUUCACUAGCCAAUUGGGCAGGUUUAGAACAGAAUUUAACAGCCCAAUAGCAAAAUCCACUAGCCCUGGGCAAUUAGACAUUACUUUCAUUGCAUGCUGCGAUGUAUAACUGUGUUGUUUUUAACUCACCAGGUAGUCAAUAAGCUCAUGUACUCCUGCAAUGCAGAUCAUACAGCAAAGUGUUGGGUGGUUGAGUUUGGUGACUGCACACGCACAUAUAAAGGACACAAACACACAGUCAUUGUUAUGAGCUUCCAGGAUGGCAUCUGUAAGUAAAUAAAAAAGAGUUUACACAUAAGCAUAACAAUAAUUAUUGGACUGCAACUUAGUAGUGUUUUUUAUCCAGAGCAUGAUGUUUGAAGGGCUUUACAGUGUGACAACAGUGCAUGUUAGCAGAACCCUAUUCUGUGCAACAAAGAGGAGCACUAAAUCUCAAAGUUCAGACAUAUAAAAACAUGGAACUUUUUAUCAAGGUUGAUGUAUACAGCCAAAUCUCCUGUACACAACCAGGGCUCUACUCCACCCUUUUGUCCUUCCCCCCCCCGCCCCCAAAAAAAAAAAAAAUGCGAAAAGCCUUGGGAAGGUGGCCACUUAUGAGAGUCGACAAGCAGCUACUGCCAUCACAUCUGACACAUCUGGCCCCGGUUGUUUAAAAGGUAGAUAAAUCUCUAUCCACUGGAUAGUGCAAUUGGUUUUCCUAAUACUUAAUAUCUGCUGAGCAGUGAUCUAUCUGGUUGACAGCAAUAUACAACAUUUGCACAACCCUGGUCUGGACAUUAUUUGACAGUGACUGCCGUUAUUUGCAACUCUGAAACAGUGUCCAUUGAGAUUUACCAUCACAGGACACUGCACACUUCCAGCGGUUAACCAAGGUAGAAGCAAUACACAAUGUACACCUCCCCCCCACCACCAGCAAAAAAAGAACAGGUUUUGUCACACAAUAAAAUUAUACCCUUAAGGGAGGAGAGAUGGAUGAUUAUUAUUUGAGGGUAAAGACCACUUACUGAUAUUAUGUGUGUAGUGAGCAUUUCAGCAUUGUUUCAAAUUUUACAUUUUCACUCAUGGUGAUGUUUAUCUAGGCCAAAAAGCAUUCUUUCCCUGAUAGAAGUAAUUUCUAGUCAAUGGUUACAAAACUAAUGCAGUUCCAUUUAGACCUAAAGAAGCUCACAUUAGAGUAUUUUAUUUUUUUGUCUAGGUAAUAGGGUACACAAUAACCAAAAUUUAUCAUCUCUCCUUUUUUAUAAUGUCAAAAUGUGCUAACGUUAAUUAUUAAUGUCAGUCAAUCCUUUUAACCCGAUUAGUUUCUGUCUUAGCAUAGUAAAAUGUGUCACAUUAUAUUCAGGAACCACCCCCACAUCAUAUUAGCAAAGAAGUUCUAAUUUGGCCAUAAUGGCUCUUGAGUAAAAACGUCUAAAUUCGAGAUAAACAAAUACGCCAUUAGGCUACCAGGCUUUUAAGUAGAGACCAGUACUUAUUUAAAACUUGACAAACUGCCACACAACGUCAAACAAACAUUAACACUUACUAAUCAAAAUGAAAGACAAUGUCAUCUGCAACACAUAUUGUUCAUGAUUAUCUUCCUUAAUGGAAUCUUGUGAAAUUUGUUUGAUUUAGCUUUUAUUUUAAUGCAAACCUCAUUUACAGCUGUAUCUCUUAACUAAGAGCUACAUUAUGUACAGUCUGUACACAUUGAAAGGGGUUUUAAAAAACAUCUUUUUAAGGUAUAAGAGGUGCCUUAAUGCCAGUAAUUGGAGCAAGCCUACGAAAUCAUUGAUAUCUGAAAUAAACUAUGAAAUAGUUCACAAAAAAAUCCCAAAAGUAAAGCAUUUGCAUUCAACAGAAGCAGAAAAAAUAAAGGCCAUGGUCCAUACCCAAGAUCACAAUUUUUUUUUGAAAAACUGAUAACCACAGGGAUGUAACCUGGCUUGAUACUCUCUGUUGUUGACAGUUUCAUGUACGGCAAGGUAAGUUACAUCAGAGCCAAAUUUAUCCCAACAUAAAGCCUGAUUGCUGUCAUCAUUCUUAAUCAGUCUGUUCUAUGGCCGUAAAAAUGCUUCAGGGGGAAUCAUAAAAUAUCGAAAUAAACAGUAAUCAGGGCAAGGUUUUAAAAAGCCGGUCUGUUACAAUAAUGACUAAUUUAGAAACUUUGAGUAGCAAGUUGAUUUUACCACAGUGGCCUGCUGAAAAAGCCAGCUUCUGGCUACUAAUAACAUCCCCGAGUAAUACACACAAACACAUAUAAGGACUGAACAAAAUAAUAAUCCCUGCAAAUUCUACAUUCUCAUCAAUUUUAUCUUUUAGUGUUUACAGCAAGUGGUGAUAAAUCUAUAAAAGCCUUUGAAUCAAAAUCUGGAACAUGCAAGAGGACAUUUACAGGCCAUGAGGGUGCAAUAAAUUGUAUUCUGGUAAGUUCAGAUUAUCAUUGCCAGGGUUGCAAAUAUUGUUGAAUGAUAAAUGCGUUUUUCAAAGGUAUUUGUUUAAUGAUUAGAGUGUCAAUACCCCCAGUAGGGUUUUUUAUGCUUGUGAGUUUUCACCAGAAGUACUUUGCUGUCCAAAAACUGACCAAAUCCUUGGGUUUAAUAACUGCUAAUAACACUUUAGGAACUGUCCAAAAUAGAGCUUUAGUGUUUAACUCGGGAAUUUAGGCAAGCUUAACCCUUUAAGCCCUAAGAGUGGUCAGCAAAUUUCUCCUAGUAAUAUCAAUGCUUUGUAAAACAGAGUGGUCAUGAGAAUUACAGACAUGAUGACACAAGAAGAAUUUGCUUGAUAUUUUAUCAAUUUCUCCCCACCACCUCUGUAGGAAAUGAAUAGGGGCAACAAAUGAGAAUUUAAAUUUUGAUCUAAGGGUUUACAGCGUUAAACAUGAGACAAUGCUGGCCAGCCAGUGGUCUCCAACACCAAUCGUCUAUAGAGGCCACUCUGGGGGGGGGGAGGUCUCACGUCGCCCGUCUGAAUUUUAAAACGUCUUGUGUCGGUGUUUAUAAAUGCUUGUCGCUUAUUGUUGGCUUUGCCAUCACUGUCGUAAUUUGGCCGAGGGAGGUUGUCAAUUUCAUUUUACGCGCUGUUGCUACUUUUUGGGCCAUGUCGCUUGUUGGAAUUAACCCUGGCAGGGUCUCUACUUAGGGCAGUCUUUGGCACUUUUACCUCUCUAGCAAUUUAAUAGCACUUUUGUUGAGGUCAAUAAUUUCACUCACAUUGCCUUUGCGUGCAACAGCUUUAGCCAUUUUUGCUGUGUUUUCCCAGUACUUAACCCUUGUAACCUGUUAAAUAACGCUACAGAAAUAAUUGCCGUUUAGAACCACUCAUGACCUCCUGAUUUACUAACUGAACUCAUUUUUUAUAUAUAGCCUGUUGGAAGAAAGUUAUACAGUGGUUCUAAUGACGGAUCUUUAAGAGUCUGGGAUGCAUCUAAACUAAGGGAUGAAGAAGAUGACAUUUAUAGCAAUGGCAAACAGAAUGGUGUUAAAAAGAAGUAGAAGAAUCCUUGAUAAAGAAACAUUUUAUAACCUCUGUGCUAUAUUAUGGUAGGAUGUUAAACUAAGAAAACCAUCAAGACUUGAAAUAUUUUAGGAUGUAAGGCUUUGUCCGCACGAAUCCGGAUACCUAACAUUUUGACAAAAAUUUGGCCUUCUGUGCACACGAAAUCGGUGAAUCCAGACACUGAACUGCAUUGUUUUAACCCUUUUUAAGUCCCUAGAUCCAAAUACAAACUCUCCAUACUGAUCUCCAUACAUUUUUUAAUGAAUUGUUGAGAGAAUUUGCUUUAAGAACAGAGCAUUCUCCCUUUGGUAAUCAAUUAAGUAAUUCUCAUAACCUUUACUCUUAAUGAUCUGCUGUUGUUGUUAGGAGAAAAUAGAUGUUGGUCACUCUUGGGACCUAAAGGGUUAAAACUGCUUUCCAGGGUGGUUUUAGGCCCUGUUAACACAAAUCCGGAUGAAUAAUAUGCGACUACAAAAUUGUCCAUAUUCAGGUGGAUACGGCCUAAAUUUCACUGACCUAUAACAUUAGAGAUCAAGGUCCAUAAACAGUUACUACCAGACUAGAAAGUAAUUUACAUGUAUUACAGUUUAUUUACUUCCCAUCUGACUGGUUUUUUUCUUGCAACACAAAAUUAUUUAAGAAGCUAAUUUCUCCUAUUUAAUCAAGGAUACCUGUACAGGUAAUGAGAAUGAAAAUGAUCUGCCAGUGACAGAGGUAUUCAUCGUUAAUCAAAUUCUUCUUAUCAGUACCAGCCACUACCAGGAGAAAUGCAUGAAAACAGCGUGAAAAACAUGUUUGUGGAUAGCAUGGCAUUUUAAGGAUUAAUUGCCUAGUUUCAAAUCAGUUUAACUCAAAAUAAACGGACUUGACCCAGCCCCCCCUCGGUUUAAAACUAAGCAGUGAGAUAUAAAGUGGGAGGGUAUAAGUGUUUAAAUAAAGCCACUGUACUUAAGAGUUUUGUAAAUAUUUUUAUACACAGAUUAUAGUGUUUCAUCAUGCUAUUAUUCAGCAUAUUGUUGUUACUAAAAUACUAGGCAAGAUGAAAGAGAGAUGGCAUAUGGCUUUGUAACCAAUAAUUAUUUCAAAGAAAAGAAGGGAAGCUGUUUAAGAGCAAUAUUUAUUAUUACUAUGUGUAUACUGUAAGCUGUAUCCUUUAUGUUUGUCUUACUAUAAUUUGUUUUCUUCGUUUGUAUAAAUGGAGGGAGCAGGUGGGACAUUUGACUUUUCAAAAACCUUACCGUUUGGGCUGAAGGGCUCUUUUUAGUCUGGUUUUUACCUAGAAUAGAUUUCCGGGGGUCAAUCAAUUGACCUCAUGAACCCCAGCAAAGAGAUUAGUAUGGGUAAGAACAAUACACUCCUGGUCAAAGGCUCAAAACAAACCUCUUUGACUAGCCCCUGCAUAAAAGUACCUUAACUUAACCUUUUGUAAUUAAUAUCUAUGCUUUUUUGGUCCAUACAUUAUCAUUUUACUUACAAGUACAAGUGUGCCAAUUUGUAAAAUCAAACAUGAUAGAUGUUCAGAAUGUUUUUGUUUGGUUCUUGUACAUAGUAGGGUGGUGUACUAAAAACAAUGUAAUUAUUGCUCUAUGUUUAAGGUUUAAUACACAAGAAAAUAUAAAUAGUAAUAUAAUAUUAUUAGGCCUGCGUUCCAUCUUGGAAGUAGAGAAGUGAGAUCAGAAGGUUUGUGGUGUCAAUUAUGCAGUUUGAGAAACAAGUUGCAACUUUUUUAUGGUAUAAUUAUUUAUACAUUUUAUUACAAUAAUGGCAUAGGUCUAGAGCUAGGGUCUAUGGGAGUGUAGACACUGGCAACAAUAUCCCGGGACUAGUGUUGUUUUGCUAUCAGGCUAGUGAGUUUUGUUCUUAAAUUGCCCAACAGGCAAGUGAAAUUCUUUGAGGAAUUCAAAUUACAGAAGGAAUGUGUAAUCAAUCCUGCUCGUCAAAAAGGUUUUGGGGCUACACGAGAUGACUUUUGGGAUAUUAACUGCUGGUUACAGCUUGCCCAAAGGCUAAGCUGUAAAACUGACUUUCUUUGCACCCUGAAAUACACAGUAGUUAUACUCCAAGAAAAAUUUCCAGAGAGCAGGAGUUCAAAAACUUUCAAUGUUAUUGUAAAAAUGGGUACAAAACAACAUAAAGGCUUUACAUGAUGUAAGUUCAACCAUUUGUUAAAUUGAGAUCAUGCCAUGGGUGUGCCUAGAAUACACAAGCAUAUGUGCAACCUCAACAUUGUGCUUACACAGACCUGUUUUACCCUUAGAACUUUACUUCAAAAUAAUCAGAAUUCUGACAAAAAAUAGUUUACUUUAGUUAAGUUUAGUUUAGUUGACCAUCUUGUCACAAGCGAAAAAAAGUAGACAUUAAAAAUGAAACAAAGAUGUUUCCCCAACUGUGUACUCAAAAUGUUUUAUUGGUUUAGAGUUAAUAUAAUUAAGAAUUACAGAAACUUUAUAGUAAUAAUUAGGAAUUAGGAACCAUUCUUGAAAUAAGUAAUAUUAACCUGUGGAAGAUCAAAGUAAUUUGAACAUUCAUAGGGGUCUUAUCAUAAGGUAAUGUGCAAUAGUUAGUUUACUUUACAAGUACAUGUAAUUCUCUCAACUUGAAUGCUAAGAAAUGGUUGUUCC